CCCUCCUCCAACGAGCUCAGACCGUUUCUGUCCGCCGCACUGCGCUUACCUCGCCUGCCUUACGCUCGUUCAACGCAGGGUCCAGCUUUUCGUCGCACUCCAUAGACGCACCUACGACUUCGGAGAACCGCCGACCGGAACAGCGCACAGCAUCACGGAGCCCGCCGCCAUACCCGGUCACUCGAGGAGCUCCUACUUCGAAGCGUUGAAGCUCUAACCUUUCGGGCUAUCCCGACACCUGUAUACUUGGCUGAACCAAAGUCGAGUCAGAAUGCGGUACCGAUCUACCAGGGGAAAGUCCUCCGGCCUGACGUUCGAGGAAGCUGUUUUUGAGGGUCUCGCCGUCGACGGAGGCCUAUACAUUCCGCAUUCCAUACCACAAAUCCCGGUUGAAGAGAUCCUGGGGUGGUCGCCUCUCACGUUCUCUGAGAUUGCUGUCAAAAUCUUCCGAAAUUUCAUUGGCGACGAUGAGAUUCCGGAUGCCGAUUUGACGGACAUUGUUGCUCGUUCCUUUGCCACUUUCUCUACGCCAGAGGUCACGCCGCUCAAAAAGUUGCCAACCCUCGGAGCCGACAACCUCUACAUACUCGAACUCUUCCACGGCCCGACAUUCGCUUUCAAGGAUAUCGCGCUGCAGUUUUUGGGAAACCUGUUUGAGUACUUUCUGGAGAGGCGGAACAAGCAAGGGAAGAGCGGAUCUCGCGCAGCCAUCACGGUGCUGGGUGCGACCAGUGGGGAUACAGGAGGAGCUGCCAUCUACGGUCUGCGUGGCAAGAAGAACGUCGAUGUCUUUAUCUUGCAUCCGAAGGGUCGCAUCUCGCCCGUACAAGAACAGCAGAUGACGAGCGUGCUGGAUGAAAAUGUGCACAACAUCGCUCUGGAAGGCACAUUUGACGAUUGCCAGGACACCGUGAAAGCGGCUUUCUCGGAUGAACCUUUCCGCCGCCGCUUCCAGCUUGCCGCCGUCAACUCUAUCAACUGGGCACGCAUUCUCGCUCAGACGUCAUACUACUUCUACUCCUACCUGACAUUGCUGAAACAGGUUGGUGCGGGAAGUGCGUCAGCCGGAUCCCUCCCGACAAUCCAGUACAGCGUUCCCACCGGCAACUUUGGAGACGUCCUGGCCGGAUACUACGCUGUCAGGAUGGGACUUCCCAUCGCCCAGCUCAUCGUCGCUACCAACGAAAACGACAUCUUGCACCGAUUCUUCCAAUCGGGCAAGUACGAGAAGCGACACACCGCCAACGGCCACGAAGAGGUCAAACAGACCUUGUCGCCCGCAAUGGAUAUCCUCGUCAGCUCAAACUUCGAGCGUCUCAUCUGGUACCUUGCGAAAGGCGACGGGCGCAGCGGACAGGCGAGUGCGAACGAGGAGGAGGAAGAGAAGAAGGCGCAGAAGUCGAGCGAAACAGUGACGCGAUGGGUGACGGAUCUGAAGGAGAAGGGCGGGUUCGAAGUGCCUAGCGACCUGCUGGCUCGCGCGAGGGAGCUGUUCACCUCCUUCUGCACAUCCGACGAACUCACGUCGGACGCUAUCCACCGCUACUACCAUCACCAGUACGCGAAAGGCGCAACCACCGACCCCGGAACGUCGCCCUACGUUCUGGACCCGCACACCGCCGUCGGUGUCGUGGCAGCCGAACACUUUGCCGCAUCUGCCACCUACACCGCCUGUCUCUCGACCGCCAGUCCCGGAAAGUUCCCCGAAGCCAUCCUCGCCGCCAUCAACGAGCGGCCGCUGCCGGAGACGUCCAAGCAGAACGGGUUUAAGCCCGUGACAUAUGCGGACAUUGCGCCGGCGGGACUCGUGGCUUUGCAGGGGUUGCCGACGAGGUGUUUGGAUAUCCCGACGGAGGGUGGGAAUAAGGCUGUUGCGCUGAAGAGAGUCAGGCAGGCGAUUGAUAACAUCUGUGGAGGGAAGUUCCCUGCCUAAGCAUAGGGUCCCGCUUAGAGUAUCGUCCUGUGACAAUGCACAUUAUGUACUUCAAUAGAGAUUUAUUGCUAGUAGCAAAGAUGCCAGAGAGCUU